AUGUCCAAUUGGCAUAAUCAACGUUCCGCGCUCACAUUAUUCGCAUUCUGCUCAUGGCUUGUGUUGUUCUGCCUACAAAUCUCUGCCGUUCAACCAGCGAUACACUCACGUACAUCAUCGGUAGCCAGCAGCAAUAGCAAUGCCAUCGGGGAUGGUGAGGCAGAAGAUUCCUCUGAAACUGCCGCGGACACAGCUGUGCCUAAUGAGCCAACCGUGAAAAAGCAACUGUACAACCGUCAAAAGCCAAAUGUCAGCAACAGAAGAGAUUUUUCAGAGAAAAUGUCAUGGCAGUGUGCCAAUAACGCCAGCUGCCUACAUACGCUGGCCACUGAUAUACUGCAAGCGUACAAGCGCGGAGAGACCAUUAGUCUGGGCUUCAUGGAUUUGGCUAAGUUGCCACCACUCAGCGCUAAGGAUGCAGAAAAAUUGAAUAACGCCGAAACGGGGCGUGGCAUUUCUAGUUUUGUUGAUUUUAUCAGUGGCAACGCCAUACGUAUACCAGUGGGUCCGAUGGUGUUUAGCGUGCAACGUGCCGAGGAUGAUGGGAAUUACAUUGAAAUUGCGCUGCUUAAGAAGGCGAGCGGAAGUCAAGGUCGAGGCGGUGGUCUAGGAGGCGGCGGCGGCUUAGGUGGCGGUGGCGGUCUUGGCGGCGGUGGUGGAGGUGGUGAUAGUUUACUGAGCAGCCUAGGUGGUGGCUUAGGUGGUGGCUCAGGUAUUGGUGGUGGUAGCGGCGGUGGUGGACUCUUAGGUGGCGGCGGUAAUGGUGGUGGCGGUGGUGGUAAUCGUGGGCGCUUCCGCAAGCAGAAACAAGAUAAAAAGCAAUUCCAAAUGUAUAUACCAAUGUAUUUGGCGGCAACCACGUUCGGUUGGACUAUGGUAGCAGCGAAGGCGGUCGGUUUGUUGACUCUCAAAGCGUUAGCAGUCUCCAAGUUGGCAUUUAUAGUGGCAGCAAUGGUUAUUGUGAAAAAGUUGAUGGAUAAUGCCUCGGAAAAAAUGAUGUACCAAUUCCCCGAGCACACGCCCUAUAUGAUGCCAUACAGCAUGGACUACGGCAUGCAUCCGGAAAUGGCUUCUGGCGGCGAAAUGUAUCCAGCCGCGUUACAAUUAGCCGCUGCGCCUAUGCAACAUCAUGGCGGUGGCCAUUCGGGUCUCGAGUCUAUGGCAGCGGAGAGUAGUUUGCAUCAUAAUAUUGCCGAUAUGCAAAACAGCACACAAGUUUUGGCCGCUUUGAAUGCUGUACAUCUCGGACCGAAAGUGAAACGGGAGGACACUUGGUUGGGAAAGAUUGACUGGAGAAUGCCAUUACGCUUCGUUAAUAGUCCAUUUAGGCGUACAAUACGCAGGCAACCGUUUAAGCGAAAUGAUUUUAAUGAAUUUUUGAUGCGCUAUAAAAGUGACUUGCGCCGACGACGAAAUGACGAAGCAAUCGCUGCAAAGGUUGCCUUGGCUGCGGCAGUGGCAGCCACCGAGGAGGAGGAAGAGCACGAGGGGCAGGAAUCGGGCGAAGAUGAUAUAUUCGAAGAGGAGGAGAGUAUAAAAGAUACAUUCGAAUAUUUGGGCAUGAAAUUGAGAAGAAAGAAAAGGCAUUCUGCUUAG